GCCACCGCCCGUUGCCACCGCUUGGAAGUUGUCACACAACAACAUGCGUGGACGCCGUGGAAGAGAGACACGCAGCGUGGGGAAGAGAGAGUGACGGAGGAGGAGAGGGGGAGGUGAUGGUGGCGCCCAGAAGAAAAAGUCCACGCAGCCAAAAAAGCUGGAGGAUGAGGAGGGGAGCCGCGCCAGGCUACCAACCCCCGGCGCUCGCGGGAUCCCGCCUCUAGCGCACCCUGCCCGGCCACACUUUGAGAGAAAAGUUCGGCGGGCGCGCGGUGCCAUUCCUGUACAAUGGUCACAAAUGGGUCUGAGCUGAACAGCACCGCGCCGGACCCCGACGACACUGACACCGCCGCCGCCGCCGCUCUGAGCCGCCCAGCGUGGGUCACCACAACUUUGGGCUGCUUCCUCAUCUUCACCAUCGUGGUUGAUAUCCUGGGCAACCUGCUGGUCAUCUUCUCCGUCUACCGCAACAAGAAGCUCCGCAACGCAGGCAACAUCUUCGUGGUGAGCCUGGCGGUGGCCGACCUGGUUGUGGCCAUCUAUCCGUACCCUCUGGUCCUCACGUCCAUCUUCCACAAUGGCUGGAACCUGGGCUACGUCCACUGCCAGAUCAGCGGCUUCCUCAUGGGCGUCAGCGUCAUCGGCUCCAUCUUCAACAUCACGGGCAUCGCCAUCAACCGCUACUGCUACAUCUGCCACAGCCUCAAGUACGACAAGCUGUACAGCGACAAGAACUCGGUGUGCUACGUGCUGCUCAUCUGGGCUCUGACGGUGGUGGCCAUCGUGCCCAACCUGUUCGUGGGCUCGCUGCAGUACGACCCGCGCGUCUACUCCUGCACCUUCGAGCAGUCGGCCAGCUCGGCCUACACCAUCGCCGUGGUCUUCUUCCACUUCAUCCUGCCCAUCAUGAUUGUCACCUACUGCUACCUGCGCAUCUGGAUCCUGGUCAUCCAGGUGAGGCGGCGCGUCAAGCCCGACAACCGGCCCAAGCUGACGCCGCACGACGUGCGAAACUUUGUCACCAUGUUCGUGGUGUUUGUGCUCUUCGCCGUCUGCUGGGCUCCGCUCAACCUCAUCGGGCUGGCGGUGGCGAUCCGGCCGGAGGUGGUGGUGCCGCUCAUCCCCGAGUGGUUGUUCGUGGCCAGCUACUUCAUGGCCUACUUCAACAGCUGCCUUAACGCCAUCGUCUACGGCGUGCUCAACCAGAACUUCCGGCGCGAGUACAAGCGCAUCGUCGUGUCCGUGUGCACGGCCCGCAUCUUCUUCCAGGACAGCUCCAACGACGCCGGCGAGAGGCUCAAGAGCAAGCCGUCGCCGCUCAUGACGAAUAAUAACCAGGUGAAGGUGGACUCGGUCUGAGCGGACGCACCGGGAAUGAAGAGAAGAAGAAACAAAACAAAACAUAAACCAAAUAAGAAGAAAAAGCCUCAACUGUCCGCAGACUGUGACACGGUGCUAACUGAGCUCUUACAAUCACUACAGCAGGGGUGCACACCAUCCUGGUCUAUCAGGCACUUUGCUUUGUAGCUGUCGUACAGUGAAUAUGAAUAUAUGAUGUCCAAAUGUUUUGGUUUACAGUGAUGAUAUCAAUGUAUUCUCUUUAUUCUAUUAUUAUCAUCAUGAAUAUAUCCACUACUCUUUUCUAUCAAACAAUGUAGAUACAUUAGUAAAGGGAAAUCUAUCAGGUUCCAGCCAAGCCAAGCCAGACGAGGCCUACGAGACGAGACUUUGGGAAAACUCUGGUGGGUGACGCUGUUCCUCUCAACAGGUGGUCCUCGGGAUACAACCCCGGGCUCCGAUGUGAGUCGACUUUUAGUGCAAGUCGGAACUUAAACCGAAAUCUGUACACACGUGGCCUCAGAUGUCUUCGUAACAGCGCUCAGAAUCCAUGACCCCGUCUUUUUAUGCUUUUUAUGACGGUCAUUUUCACAUCCACGGCGAGGGCCUUCCUUUUCUCUGGCGCACUGCCGCCAGGGCAGGGUGUCCGAAGUGCGACCCGGGGGGCCGUUUUGCAGUUGGUGUUUUUUUAACGGCGCUCGCCACAUUCUGAAAAUACAGCCAAACGGGGGGGGGGGGGGGGGGAAACAGACAAAAAUGGAGGAAAAGCGAAGCAAUAUGAGGAGAAUAAAGCUAUAAAAAAAAUAGAUUUUAGUCAUUUUACCGUAGUAAUACAAUAUUAUGAGGAAAAAUAUUUUAGAAGCAUAAAGUUGAAAUAAUAAUUUUUUUUACAGUCGUAAUCAUGAGAAAGAAAAAGAUGGAACUUUUGGGAAAUUUGGUUGGAAAAAGAAAAGUUAUACAGAAUUAUGAGAAUGGAUUCCAGAUAUUUUGGGAUGAAGCCGUAAUGUCGUGAGGGAAAAGAAACAUUCACAAGAAUAUAGUUGGAAUAAAAAACAACACAUUUUUAAAUGCAAAAAUGUGUAAAAAAAUUGCAACGUGAGGAGAAAAGGUUGGUAUUAGUACCACUUGACGCUUUGUCACCUAUCAGACAAAGCUUCAGAUGGAGGCUGUGCAGGCCGAAGGUUUGGACACGCCCAAAACAACCCCCGUGGUCUCACACCCCAAUAAUAAGGCAAGAAACUCCGAACCCUCGACCUCACUUCCUGUCUGUGCCACCGGAACAGAUUUACAGCAGCACACCUGAUCAUGAGCCUUAUUUAUGUCUUAUUUUCUCUUAUUGUGUUUACUAUAUUGGCUAAUAGGAGUGUAAGGUGGCUAUAGGGGUGCUAUUUCAUGUCUAGAGGGCUCUAAUGUUUAAACAGGUUUUCUAUGCUGUAACUACCAACAUUUCUUUAUUAAUAAGGAAUUCUACUUUGCGGAAAUUCCCUCACCGUGGUCGGGUCUGGAACGGCCAGAAAGAAGGCGUGACUGUACGAAGUGAUGUUCUAACUGCUUCCGGGAGCGCGUUUGCGACCACAAAACGUGGGAACUCGGAACGUGGCAAACCGAGGACCACCUGUAAGCGCAGGCAAACGUAUUAUGAUAUGCCCCCGCAAUACUACCCCCUGCCCCACCCCCAUUAAGUUGAAUCCAUCCUUUAGUAAGGAGGGUCCCUCUACCGCCCUCCCUCUGCCAUCCUGUGGUCUCAUUCUAUACUGUAUGCAUGGAUAUCAGGAAUUGUUCAUAGUAUGCAAAAUAAAAAUUGGACAUUUGAA